GUAAAGUUUGAGGUAAAGAUAGCUGCGGGAUUCCGCCCAAAGGAUAUUGUAAUCGAAGAGGCAAAUAAUGCCAAAGCAAAGUGGAUUGUAAUGGAUAGGUGCUUUGCUAAAGAUCCAAGUUUCCAACUAAACGGAACAAAAUUCAACGUAAUCUCGGUGAAUGACGACGGCGAAGCCAUUUUCCACCUUAGAUAUGCUCCUGAAAGCUCAUCAUCAGCCACGAUUAAAAAACUAAAAUCCGAGAACAGAUAUUUAAAAGUAAAAAAGGAACCAAAACCUCAAAUGAAGCCAUUUGAGUGUUUCAAGUUACCACCAACAUUAUCUCAACCUUCUUCUCCUAGUUCAUCAACUACUAGUCCUCCACAAAACGAAAAGCUUAAAAUGGAGGUGCCAGCAAUAGAAGGAAGUACUAGUAGUGCUGCUAUCUUUUCUCCGCGAAGUAAUAAUAACAUUUCGUCGAGAAAAUUCUGCGAUCCUAACUUUGUGCUAAGACUGCCAUUGAAACUGAGCAAGGAAGAGCUUGAAGAGAUAACGCUCAAGUUUAGCACGACCAUUUCCUCGGACGAGAGCCAGCACUUUGUGGUGUUUGAAGGGUUUUUUCCGGUUUAUCAGUUGCGCGUUAUGGUUAAGAUGUUUAGAGGAGAUUCUGGUGGAGUUUUUCUUGAGGCUGAGAAGAAGGCAGCCUUGUCUAUGCGCCAUAAGAAUAUAAUGAGGUUGAUUGGAUACCACCAAAGUGAAGAUACUACUUUUCUGGUGUUCCCAUUUGCUGAAAGAGGCACAUUGGAUUUAUGUAUUCUUAGUG